AUGGGCUCCUUAACUUCAUCUUCCCGGCCACCACGCCGUCAAGAUGAAGAUUCACCCCAAUUUCGUGUUUAUGCCUCGUUUUCAGCAAAAAAUCCAUCAUCCGACAUCAAUAUGUCUAACUGGAUCGAGUGCUACAACCCAUCAACCAACACCUGGUGUCGAGUUACCUCGAUACCAGGGUUGGUUGAAAAUCAUGUUUUGAAAGGCUUCGCCAUGGUCAUUAUAGCGGACUUCAUUUACAUCAUCGGAGGUCUGCUUUGCCAUAAAGGCAGCAACUCCGAUGAUGUAAGCGAAGUUGACCUAGAAGUCUAUCAGUCCGUACUAAGGUACAGUAUAAAAACCGAUGCUUGGUUCAAAUGCACACCACUUAAAGUACCACGAUUCGAUUUCGCGUGUACGGUUUGCAGAAACAAGAUCUAUGUAGCCGGAGGAAAAUGCACAAUCGAUAGUGUAAAAGGUGUUUCUUUCUCUGAGGUCUAUGAUCCGGCUCUUGAUGAGUGGGAGUUAUUGCCAAACAUGAGCACUUCGAGGUAUAAGUGUGUUGGUGUAACAUGGCAAGGCCAAAUCUAUGUUGUUGGAGGUUUUGCCGAAUGUGAAGCUAAUGAUAAAACUCAAGGGCCAUUUAGUAUGGCAAGAAGCUCAGCUGAAGUGUAUAACACUACGACUAACAAAUGGGAUUUCCUACCACGUAUGUGGGAGCUAGACAUUCCACCUAAUCAGAUUGUGGUGAUUGGAGGAAAGUUGUUUAGCUCCGGUGACUGUUACAAGAAAUGGAAAGGGUUCAUUGAGAAAUAUGAUCGAGAGCUUAAUAUUUGGAAUGAAGUUGAUGGGUCAUCACUAUCAUCCCCGACUUCUUUGUUGGAUGUCACAUCACCAAAACGACCACAAAUGAUACAACUAUACCUUACAAUGGCACCCAUAGGUGCAUGUUUGUUCUUUCUUGCUGGCUACCAAAUGACUACUGAUGAUGAGACACUGAGGUUCAGAUCAGAGGUACAUGUUUUUGAUACAUCGGUAAAUGGUGGUGGAUGGACGAGUUUAGAGCCAGUCAUAGAAGAUGGUGAGAAAGAGCUUUCGUGUCAUUGUUCGGUUUACAAAGGACGUGGCUAA